GCCGGUAGGGCGGCCAGGGUAGGGCUGGGGAAGCCGGACUCAGUGUCCUCCUUGGACGCCAUUCUAGCUGGAUAAUCUGGAACUGCACAAGGCUUCCGGUUUCUCUCCUCAGCCGACGGUUAGGAGGCACAGCUGUCUCCGGAGGCGCGGAGGCAAGUCCUUACGCCUUCCGAUCACAGCCUCUGGGACCCGAGAGGACGGCCACCCGCGGCUGACUCCUCCCGGCAGAAGGCGGUCGGCCCAGUUCCCGACGAGAUGGGCCGCUUUCAAAAGCACAAACAAUUGAAGGAUGGAUACCAUUGCAUAUGUUAAACACAUAUUAAAAGGAGCAUAAGAAAGCUGGGAAUCUCAGUAUGAAUCAGUUUAGAUCUAGAUCAGAUGAUGUUGGUGAAGAAACUUCAUCUCAAGACCAUAAUCAUCAUGAAAAUGAGAGAAGAUGGCAGCAAGAACGCCUUCACAGAGAAGAAGCCUAUUAUCAGUUUAUUAAUGAACUCAGUGAUGAAGAUUACCGCCUAAUGAGAGACCAUAAUCUUUUAGGCACCCCUGGGGAAAUAACAGCAGAAGAACUACAACAGCGGUUAGAUGGAGUUAAGGAGCAACUAGCAUCUCAGCCUGACUUGAGAAAUGGAACAAACUCUAGAGACUCAGAAAUUCCAAGAGAAAGUUCUAAUGAAGAUUCUCUGCUAGAAUGGUUGAAUACCUUUCGUCGCACAGGAAAUGCAACUCGAAGUGGACAAAAUGGAAACCAAACCUGGAGAGCUGUGAGUCGAACAAACCCAAACAGUGGAGAGUUUCGAUUUAGUCUGGAAAUCCACAUAAAUCACGAGAAUAGAGAAUUUGAAAUUCAUAAUGAAGAUUAUACUGGUAUUCCACUUUCAGAUGUUAGCAGAGCUGAUACUACAGAUAGGCAACAGAGAUCAACUAGUCCUGUGGCUAGGCGAACAAGAAGCCAAACCUCAGUGAAUUCCAGUGGCCGCAGUUCCAACAUUCCAAGGACUAGACUUGGUUCAAGGGGGCAGAAUUCAGUAGAAGAAUCUUUUUCAACAUUUGGAAGAUUAAGAAAUGGAAUUGGCGGAGCAGUUGGCAAUCCUAGUGCUCCACAUGCUAAUUUCAGUAGCCAUACAAACCAAUUAGGUAGUAGUGAACUCAGGCAAAGGGAAGGGCAACGAUUUGGAGCAGCACAUGUUUGGGAAAAUGGGGCUAGAACUAAUGUUACAGUGAGAAACACAAACCAAAGAUUAGAGCCAAUAAGAUUAAGGUCAACUUUCAGUAGUCGAAGCCGUUCACCAAUUCAGAGACAAAGUAGUCCUGUUUAUCAUAAUUCACAAAGGGAAAGUAGACCUUUACAGCAAACGCUUAGAAGAAGAUCUGUUAGGAGGAGAGGUAUAACUCGUGUCUUUUUAGAGCAAGAUAGAGAACACAGAGGUGCUGCAUAUACUCCACUCUCUAAUUCAAGACUUGUGUCAAGAAUAACGGUAGAAGAAGGAGAAGAACCCAGCAGAUCUUCAACUCUUAUACGGCGACAUCCAACAAUCACACUGGACCUUCAAGUGAGAAGGAUUCGACCUGGAGAAAGCAGAGAUCGGGACAGUAUUGCAAAUAGAACUAGAUCUAGAGUAGGCUUAGCAGAAAACACAGUUACCAUUGAAAGUAAUAGUGGGGGCUUUCGUCGAACUAUUUCUCGUUUAGAGCGGUCAGGUAUUCGAACCUAUGUUAGUACUAUAACAGUUCCUCUUCGUAGGAUUUCUGAGAAUGAGCUUGUUGAACCAUCAUCAGUGGCCCUUCGGUCAAUUUUAAGGCAGAUCAUGACUGGAUUUGGAGAAUUGAGUUCUCUAAUGGAGGCUGAAUCUGAGUCAGAGAUUCAGAGAAAUGGUCAAUAUUUACCAGAGAGACACUCAGAACUGAGUACAGUUCAUGGCAGCAGCCCAGAGAAUGAAGGUUCCUCUCAAGACAGGCAGGCCCUAGAAAAUAGUACUGAAAUGCGAGGUGAGGAUGACAUGACCCAGCUUCAUACCCAAAAUAGUGAUAAUAGAGGUGUCAGGCAGCUGCGAAACUCAAAUAACUUAGUUGAAACUGGAACACUACCUAUUCUUCGCCUUGCUCACUUCUUUUUACUAAAUGAAGGUGAUGAUGAUGAUCACAUACGUGGUUUAACCAAAGAGCAGAUUGACAAUCUUUCCACCAGGAACUAUGAGCAUAGUAGUAUUGAUAGUGAACUAGGUAAAAUCUGUAGUGUGUGUAUCAGUGACUAUGUAACUGGAAACAAGCUCAGGCAAUUACCUUGCAUGCAUGAAUUUCACAUCCAUUGUAUUGAUCGAUGGCUGUCAGAGAAUUGCACCUGUCCCAUCUGUCGGCAGCCUGUUUUAGGGUCUAGUAUAGCAAACAAUGGUUGAAGUGGUGGGUUGAUUCAGACACUACAUUUUAGUAGAGCUGAGUAUUCAAGCAUUCUUUUGUUGAAUUAUUUGUGAUGAGCUAACAAGGAUGAGAUAUAACAGAUAAUUAUAGUUUGAAAUACUUUUUGUGUGCUUUUUUAAAUUGUUUAGAAGAAAAUUUAUAUAAAAUUUAAAAUGCAAAUGUUAAAUUAUCCAAAAAUACAGAGUAGUUAUUAUUGCUAGAACCAAAUAACCUUUAAGAUACUUUUAUUUUGGUAAUUUUGUCAUGCUAAGCACUUUUGUAUUUGCACUCUUCAGUUGAUUAAACAUCACUCUUUAUUUUCUUGAUAGUACAGCAGAUUUUACUUGGGCUUUUUGAAGUUCCAUAGGCUUAAUGCUGUACCAAGAUAUUGGUGUCUAAAUAAACCUUUCAUUAAUUUCUUAUUUUAAGGACAUUAUCUUUCAUGAAAGAGUGUUCAUGAAUGUUUACUAAAUGUGUUUAAGUUACUUGAAAUGUUAAAUUUAAUAUGCAACAUACCAUAUGUGUGUAUAUAUAUAAUUUUAAGUUUAAAAUAUUCAGUCUAGAAACUGCCAGUUUAGUUCUUAUUUAAACUUUUAGGCUAUUACUGCAUAUGGCACAGUAUUUAAUAUUUACAGGAUCAUCUCUGGGAAGAAGUGGGUUCAGAUAUCUACAAAUAGAGAAUUUACUGAAGCGUCUCUGACAAUCUGACUUAUUAGCAAGCAAUAUAUAAUACUGAACACGUUUUUAUUGAGUAAUGAAACGUGGGCAUUUUAGAACAUACAAGCUGUUUAAUUUGAAUUCAACUUUUUGUGAUUCUUUUUGAAAAUGCAAAUGAUUCUUUGGUUUAUAUUAAGGUAUACAAUAUGCAUGGUUUCUCAAAAGUUUUAAAAUCUAACAAAUCUGUAAAGAAUCAAAUGUAUAGAUAACAUGUUAAGUUCACUUGGGGGCCAAAAACUCCAAAUAAAACAAAAACUCCUUAAGAGAAUGUAGAAUUUAUAUAAAAAGUAUGCACUGAAAAUCUAUUUCUAUCAAUAAAUAUUAAAACA